CUUCCGGCAAAAUGUCGCGUUUGGAUUACAGCAAGUGGGAUAAUAUCGAGGUAUCUGAUGAUGAAGAUGACACCCACCCUAAUAUUGACACAGGCAGCUUGUUCAGAUGGCGCCACCAGGCUCGUGUUGAACGUAUGGACGAACGCAAAAAGAAGAGGGAAGAGUUUGAAACUGGAUAUCAGGACCACCAACGAAAAUUCAAUGCCAACAAGAAAAAGCUAGCCGAAAGUGAUGUUCCAACAGAGCAACUUGAAAAAUUGACGCUUGAAAAAGAAAAACUGCUGGAACAAGAGGCUGAGUGGAGGAAGAAGGAGGCUGAGCUGGAGAGGGAGGAACGGAUGGCACCACAGAAUGUUGACACACUCUGCCAUGAAGGGAAAUCAAGAACGAUUAUCAACAAGCCAAAAGAAUUCAGAAAAUCAGAUUUAACAGAGGAAGAAAAGGCCACAAAAUUACAAGACUUUGUCAAACAACACAAAAAAGAAAUUGAGAAAUACGGUAUGAUGCGGAAAUAUGAGGAUAGUCAGGAUUACUUGAUGGCAAACACCCACCUAACGUGCGACGAGACGGCCAAUCACUUGGUGAUUUGGUGCAUUAACUUGGAGAUGGAACAGAAACAUGACCUGAUGACGCACGUCGCCCACCAGACGAUCGUGAUGCAGUUUAUUCUACAGCUGGCUGAGAGUAUGAAUGUCGACCCGCGAGAUUGUGUGCGGCCGUUCUUUUCCAGAAUAAAGUUAGCCGAUAAGGAUCAACAAUAUUCCGCAGCAUUUAAUGAUGAAUUAAACGCAUUCAAAGACAGAGUUGAAAGACGAGCCAAAGAGAAAAUUGCUGAUGCUAUGAAAGAAAUUGAGGAGGAGGAAAAACAAGCAAGAAUUGGUCCCGGUGGCUUGGAUCCAGCUGAAGUGUUUGAGUCCUUGCCUGAAGUGUUGCAGAAAUGUUUUGAAUCGCAGAACAUUGAGCGGCUGAAAGAGACGAUAGCCAGCAUGCCUGAAGAGGAUGCCCGAUAUCACAUGAAGCGAUGCGUUGAUUCUGGUUUGUGGGUCCCGGAUGCGCAGACAAAGGAAACCAUUGUUGGUACGGCUAAGGGAGCGGAGGGAGGACAGGAUCUGGCGGAGGAGGACUUUGAGGAAGUGGAAUAGCGCGGCGAGGCAAUAAAGCAAUGUGAAUGUAUUUAGUGCUAGAGACACUGUCACUAACUUUGCCUGGGACAUGAACAUGUGGAUGGACAAAACAGUGCAUUAAUGAUUCAUAUGAUUAUUUCUCUGAAGUGCUUUGAGGCUCACAAGUAUUGCAACUCUGAAUAUUGCCUUUUCGAUGGGAUAUACAAAUCAUAUAUGACAAGAUUACUUCUUGUACCUAUUGUAGUGCUUCAUAUGGUUUUGGAAAGUUCAGACGCAUAUCCCUGUAAUCUUUUUAGAUAUCUGAAUCGAAAUUACAAAAUUACAGAAGGCGAUCAGUUUGGGGAUUUAAGAGUAUUUUCAAGCCGCAUUUUCAAUUGCCUCUUUCUUGAUCAGUGCACCUGGCCCUGAGGUGGCCUAACUUUGUUGAGGUACGGGCUCAGACAUUGUUGAAAAAAAUGAGUCGUUUUUAUUAGUGUUUGACCCCAUAACUUUGAAGGUCAGCCUCUCCACCGCUGAGUUUGCUGAUCUGAAGAGGCAAAUUCUUAUAUACAUGUUAUGAUGUUGUUCAUCUAAUAAUCAUUUAUUCUAGACGUUUAGUGCUUUACUUAUUCCAGAUAGAUGUGUUUCUUUCAUCUUCCCAGUUCCAAUCAAGAACUGGGCAAUCUUUCAAGAUUCAUGUACUUGUGCUGCUACAUGUGACUGAACUUAAAAUAUAAAUAUCUGUUAUA